AUGCAGCCUACGGCGGCUCCAACGAUGCAGCCUACGGCGGCUCCAACGAUGCAGCCUACGGCGGCUCCGACCAUGGCGCCUACGAUGCAGCCUACGGCGUCUCCGACCAUGGCGCCUACGAUGCAGCCUACGGCGUCUCCGACCAUGGCGCCUACGAUGCAGCCUACGGCGUCUCCGACCAUGGCGCCUACGAUGCAGCCUACGGCACCAACCGCCACCUGGACGGAGCAAACCGCCGCUGGUACCCGUGGCUGGGACUCGAUCGCGUCCUCCUCGGAUGGCACAAAACUUGCCGCCACGGUCUAUGGAGGCGCCAUCUGGACGUCGAUCGACGCGGGCGUCAGCUGGGAGGAGCGAGCCACCGCUGGUACCCGUAACUGGAACUCGAUCACGUCUUCGUUGGAUGGAAUGAAACUUGCCGCCGUGGUAUAUAACGGCGUGAUCUGGACGUCGACCGACGCGGGCGUCAGCUGGACAGAGCGAGACGCCGCUGGUACGCGUAACUGGAUGUCGAUCGCGUCGUCGUCGGAUGGCAUGAGACUUGCCGCCGUGGUUUUAAGUGGCUCGAUCUGGACAUCAACCGACACAGGCUCCAACUGGACGGAGCGAUUAGACGAGGCUCCACGUGACUGGUACUCGAUCGCGUCCUCGUCGGAUGGCAUGAACCUUGCCGCCGCGGUGCUUGCAGAGUCCAUCUGGACUUCAGCCGACGCAGGCGCCAGCUGGACGGAGCGAACCACCUCUGGCUCACGUGACUGGUACUCGAUCGCGUCCUCGUCGGACGGCAUGAUCCUUGCCGCCGUGGUGAAUCAAGGGUCUAUCUGGAAGUCCACCGACACGGGUGUCACCUGGACGGAGCAAAUCGCUCCUGGCACAGGUAACUGGUUCUCCAUCGCGUCGUCAUCGAAUGGCACGGAACUUGCCGCCGUCGUGCAAGGUGGCGCAAUCUGGACUUUUGGGUAGGCAUGUGCAAGUGGCUGGGUGAGAACAAGAGAUCUAGCUCCUUUCACAUCCC